GUUCAAUCAAUUCAACUCACCUCAGUUUCAAUCCAAUCGCUCUAAACAUACCCACCAUGCCCAAACACAAAAUCCUCCACCUCGGCGACCCCAUCAAAUACAACCACGCCAUGUACACGCGCUUCGCCUCUCAAUUCGACAUCAUCCGACCCCCCGCCGCCGAACGGGACCGCCCUGCCUUCAAACAAGCCCUGAAAGAACAUCGCUGGGGGGACUUUGACGCCAUCUUCCGACCCUUCUGGAACACGGGCGGCGAAAUGGGUCGUUGGGAUGAGGAAUUGAUCUCGUUACUGCCGUCCUCGGUCAAGAUUAUGGCUUCUGCAGGGGCGGGGUAUGAUUGGGUCGAUGUGGAUGUUUUUGCCAAGUAUGGAAUAAUCUACUGCAACGGCGCCGCCGCAUCCUCCGAAAGUGUCGCAGACACCACCCUCUUCCUCAUCCUCUCCGUCUUCCGCAAUCUCCGCUGGAGCCACACGGCCGCACACUCUCUAAACAGUACGCAAUUCCUCGACGCGCACACCCACGCCCCCCUCACAGCCCGAAACCCCCGGACCCAAACCCUCGGCAUCAUUGGCCUCGGCGCAAUCGGCUACACCAUCGCCCGGAAAGUCCACGCCGCGUUCGGGAUGCGCAUCCUGUACCAUGAUCUCAUUCGCAAGUCGACCGAGAUGGAGAGGGCCGUGAAUGCCACGUAUAUGCCCACGUUGGAGGGGUUAUUAGGGGCGGUGGAUUGCGUGGUUGUGGCGACGCCGUUCACGGGGCGGAGGUUAAUGGAUGGGGAAAUGUUUGGGAAGAUGAAGCGCGGGGCGAGGUUUGUGAAUGUGGCGAGGGGUGGGUUGGUGGAUGAGGAGGCGUUGGUGGAGGCGGUGGAGAGUGGGCAGGUGGGGGGCGUGGGGUUGGAUGUGCAUGCGAAUGAACCGUAUGUGCAUCCGAGGUUGGCGGGGAAUGCGAAGGUGAUGAUGUUGAGUCAUAAUGCGGGGGGGACGGUGGAUACGCAUGUCGGAUUUGAGAGGUUGGCGAUGGAGAAUAUUGAGGGGUUUUUGGUCAGGGGGAGGGCGGUGACGCCGGUGAAUUUGCAUUUGAUUGAGGGAGCGGGGGGUGGUGGUGGUGGUGGUACCACUAGUAGUACUAGUAGUAAGUUGUAA